AUACCUUUUUUUUUUCAAAAGAAAAAAAAGGGCAAUGGAGUGAUGGACAGAAGUCAGAAAGGUGGAGGAGCUGGGGAAGACGAAGUCAGAGAACAGAUAUUAUACGGAGUAGAAGACACAGACAUCAACUCAUCUUCCUUCACACUCCAACCCUAAUAAACAUUUCCCCGUCUUUCUAUUUCAACUUGUAUGCUGCUCUAAAUCCGUUGCCUUCGCAUGCGGGCAAUAAUGUUUGAUCAUUCACUUGCAAUUAUUGGCGGCUUUGUUUAAUUCACUUGAAAGGUUUAAGCUUUGCAUUUGUCUCUAAUUUUUGGAUCCAUAGCAGCGAUUGUUUCCCUGCUUCCGAGUAGGAUUUGGGUCCAGAUUUACCGCAUUUCUUACAGUGCUAUGGAUGAGCUUGACGUCUUGGCGCGAGACUUCGGUAUCCGACCCGCUGGCAAAUCGGCACCCAUGAGAUCCGACGCCGGAGAUCGCCGCUCCUCAUCCGCGCGGUCCUCUGCUUUCUUUGACGAUCGAGAUGGUCCAGUGCUCAAUGAUGCCUUUGGUGGUCCGCCCAGGUAUAAGAAUUCCAAUGCGAACAAUAAGGACUCAGCGAUGAAUGAUUUUGAUUACGGUUCCGUUUUAAAACCAGGCAACCAUUCAAGGAGCAAUAUUUCAUCUUUGCCAGUAUACGAUAAGCCAGUGUAUGAUGACGAUAUUUUUGAAGGAAUUCCAGGGCUCAAGAGCAAAUCACUGUCUUCCUCAACUGCUAGGAUUGAGGAUAUGUUUGCCUCAGUGGCUCCGCAGCCCAAAAAGAAUCACAAUACUGAUCAUCUUGAUGACCUGCUCGGGAAUGUGGGUAAGAGUGAGAAGAUGACUGAAAUAAAAAGUAGCACGGGUUCAAGAGGGUUUGAUGAUUUGCUGGAUGGUUUUGGGAGUGUUAAUCCUGCUGUUACGAACAGGCCAUCAACAGAGUCAAAUCAAACUUCUAAACGAUCUGGGAACUCUAAUCGAACUUCAAGCGUAGCAGAUUACCCUUUUACAGUUCUAGAAACAUCUUCUGCAGCCCCUUCAACCAGGGUAUUCUCUGUUCCAUUGAAAGGCACCACAAACCCUGGUAAAUCUGGCUGGGGGGAUGGAUUUGAUGAACUGGUUGAUCCGCUGAAUAGUUUGGGUGGAUCCGUGCCUUCAUUUUCUCAUGAUAGGAAUACAAAAAGUAACAAAAGCCCUUCUAGGGACAGAUCUGUGAGAAAUGAGAAGCAAGUACCUCAUUCCAUAGAUAAUGACAAGGAAUCAUUUUCCAGACAUUCUGGGAUCCACCCACACAAUGCCGCUAAUGAGGAUGGAUCACCAGAGUCUUUGGUUGACAGACUGAUAAAGGAUUCCUUGAAACCUCUUCGCCGAGAUGCUGCAUAUACCCCUCAUUCUCCUCAUUAUGCAAGUGCAGGUCAAAAUGAGGCUAGUUCAUGUGUAGAUAUGUCUCCUAGAUUAGAGGAACAGGUGCAUGUUUCAGAAGAUAUUUGGAUCACUGUAUCAGAGGUCCCCCUUUUUACCCAUCCUACGAGUGCUCCACCUCCAUCACGCCCUCCUCCUCCAAUUCCUCGACAUACCUCUAAGUCAGAGGCAGGUUUAUUUGCCUCACAUCCUUUGAAAAGUGACGUGUAUUCAUCAUCCCCAAGAUACAGGCAAUACUCUCAGAGUCCUAAGACUUUUGGUGCUGUGGCUAAGAGCUCCACAGGCUCACAACUUCAUGAACUUGAGGAAUUUGCCAAUGGUGCUAGCACACAGAACAGUGCUGAUGGAACUCCAACUGCUCUUUCUGGUGAACAAAUGAAUGCAAACUCAAUCGCUGCCGCAUCUGCUGCUGCGAUGAAAGAGGCUAUGGACAGAGCUGAGGCUAAAUUUAGGCGUGCUAAGGAAGUUCGAGAAAGAGAAUAUGCAAAGGCUGCUAGAAGUAGUGUGCACUUGGAAAAGGAUGAACAUGACAUGCAUGAAGUUCAAGACAGAGAAUCCAAGGAAAAAGAUGAGAUAUUAGAGCGUGAACGGCGCCAGCGUGUGAAGGAAGAGGAAGAACAGAGAAGAAUAGGAAGAGAGAGAGAAAGGGCUAGGCAGGCUGUAGAAAGGGCUACAAGGGAAGCACGUGAAAGGGCAGCAGCUGCAGCUCGUAUUAAAGCUGAGAGAGCUGCUGUGGAGAAGGCAGCUGCUGAAGCUCGAGAGCGAGCUGGAAGGGCAGCGGUUCAGAGAGUGCAAGCAGAAGCCCGUGAAAGAGCUGCAGUGGAAGCAAGAGAAAAAGCUGCAGGUGCAAAAACUGAGUUGUUUGAAGCACGACGACGGGAAGAACGGGCUGCUGUAGAAAGGGCUACUGCUGAGGCUAGAGAAAGGGCGGCGGCGGCUGCCACCUCAAGAGUGAAUCAAGAAAAUAAUGGCGAUGAUCUUGAGUCCUUCUUUAGUAUGGGUUCUCGAGCAAGCAGUGCUCCAAGGCCAAGGGCAAGUUCUCCUGAGACUAUGUUUGAUACACAAUUCCAGAACAAAGGAGGCUCUGAAGGGGCUAAGGCAACAUCUUCACCAGGUCUAGCCUCCAACCUGAGAAAAGCAUCAUCUACAGCAAAUAUUGUGGAUGAUCUAUCUUCAAUUUUUGGAGCUGCUCCAUCAUCUGGUGAGUUUCAGGAGUUUGAAGGUGAAAGCGAAGAAAGAAGAAGAGCUAGACUGGAGCGUCAUCAACGCACCCAAGAGCGAACGGCUAAAGCCUUGGCUGAAAAGAAUCAACGUGAUCUUCAAGUCCAAAGGGAUCAGGAAGAAAGACAUAGGAUUGCAGAGACUUUGGAUACUGAAAUCAAGCGUUGGGCUGCUGGGAAGGAAGGAAAUCUGCGUGCACUUUUGUCAACAAUGCAAUAUGUGCUCUGGCCAGAAUGUGGUUGGCAACCAGUUUCUUUAACAGAUUUGAUAAUGGGGGCAUCUGUCAAAAAAGCAUACAGAAAGGCAACCCUUUGUAUCCAUCCUGACAAGGUGCAGCAAAAAGGUGCCACUCUUCAGCAGAAAUACGUUGCUGAGAAGGUGUUUGACCUUCUUAAGGAAGCAUGGAACAAAUUCAAUUCAGAGGAGCUUUUUUAGACAUGACCCUCACUAUUCAUUCAUUAGUUGCUCUUGUGGGGACUUUUGACUGCUACUAGUGCUAGAUGCUGGUAUGGCGUUACACAUAUGUACACUCGUGAGAGAGGUGCUCGUAUCUCAUUGAUAAUCAUCUAAGUUGCCGGUGUGGAUUGGAUCCUGCAAGUUGGUAAUGGAUACCCCUAUAGUGUCCGAGUUGCGCUAAUACUGUAUACUUGAUGUCUCAAUGUAAAAAAGCAUCUUAUUUGAUUCAACGGGGAUGCGUCAGAAUAGAAAUGUCCACCCGUAGAUCCACACACCCGCUAUAACACACAUUUGAUGCCCACAUUUUGCUACAGGAGCAGUGUAAUCUCGUUGAGAUUGAAAGGGGUGUAAUACAGAAUGUUGUUUGUUGAUGUUCGGUAUACGGAGUUGUUGGGGGGAGAGUACGUCCUCCUUUGUUGCCGAACAAGAAUAUAUAUAAAUGGCAUUUCAUCAUUUCC